ACUUAGCCAAAUCCAAUUUCUAGAUCGCCCACUCUCUCAUCUCGUCACCGAUUAAAUAAUUCACAUUAGAUUACGUAUUGCCACGGUCCACCUUAUGUAUAUAAAUCUAUACUCCUCCCACUACCACAUGAUUCCAUUAACCCGCAUUCCCUGAUUUGCACGCGUUUUCUCUCUCUCUCUCUCUCUCUCUCCCUCUCAUGGCGUCGCCGGCGAUCGACUCCGACGAACCCCUAACUCCGGCGGGAAGGCUAUUUCUCCGACCAGAAAUGAACCAAAUAAUUCAUUGCGUCCUCGGAGUGAAAAAUCCGUUUGACAUCGAAGUCUUCAAGUCCCAGAUCCAGGAAUCCUUCCUUCUCAAACACCCCCGAUUCUGCAGCCUCAUGGUCGUUGACCGCGGCGGACGCGAGCGGUGGCGGAGGACCAACGUUGACCUCGAUCGCCACCUCAUCGUUGUCGAUUCUCCUGUUAACUCAGAGAGCGGCGGUGAUGAUGAAGCUUCUGUCAACGAGUACCUGGCGGAAAUGUCGACCGGAUCGAUUCUAAGCCCGGACAAACCGCUUUGGGAGAUCCAUUUGCUGAUGGCGCACAAGUGCGCCGUGUUCCGGAUUCACCACGCGCUUGGGGACGGCAUUUCGCUGAUGUCAAUGUUGGUGGCCGGUUGCCGAAAGGUCGGGGACCCGGACGCUGCGGCGAGCAUGGGUACGGUUGGUAGUAAGCCGAGGAAAAGCAGGGAAAAUUGGUGGCAAUAUUAUUGGAAUGGGUUUGUGGGGUUGAUAGGGGUGAUGUGGUUUAGCUUGGUGUUUGUGGUGGAGUUUCUGGUGAAGAUGCUGUGGCUUUCUGACCGUAAAACGGUGAUAAGUGGAGGCGAUGGGGUUGAGCUUUGGCCGCGGGAGCUCGUUACCGCUAGGUUUCGUUUGGACGAUAUGAAGAUUGUUAAGAAAGCCCUACACGACGCUACCAUAAAUGAUGUUCUUUUUGGGGUGAUAUCAUGUGGCCUAUCAAGAUAUCUCGAUCACCGAACACCAAAUGCUGUGCAAGAGGGGAUCCAACUCACAGGUCUAGCGAUGGUAAAUUUGAGAAAACAGCCUGGACCACAGGAGCUCUCGGAAUUGAUGAAUAAAAAUUCAAAGUCGCGAUGGGGAAAUAAAUUUGGGUUCCUUAUGAUACCCGUGAAGUAUCAUAAAACUAGUGGUACUGAUCCUUUACUAUACGUCAAAAGGGCUAAGGUUAUGCUCGAUCGAAAGAAACAAUCUUUGGAGGCUCAUUUUUCAUAUAAAGUUGGUGAUAUUAUGAUGUCUUACUUCGGAUCAAAUGUUGCUGGUUUCCUUAACUACAGGAUCAUUUGCAAUACUACUUUUACCAUAUCCAACGUGGUUGGGCCACAAGAGGCCAUUGCAAUAAAAGACAACCCUGUAACUUACAUGAGAGUAAACUCAUCCAGUCUGCCUCAUGCACUAACGAUGCACAUGUUGAGCUAUGCUGGAAGAGCUGAUAUGCAAAUAUUGGUGGCUAAAGAUAUAAUCCCAGACCCUGAACUCCUUGCUAAGUGCUUUGAAGACUCUUUGCUUGAAAUGAAGGAGGCAGCCUCUGCCAUUAUCAAAAGUACCUGACAAAAAACUUUUUUUUGUAGAAUGAUAUAGGACUUUGUAUUAUUGAACUUUCACAUAACAAUAAAUAAAGGGAGUUUUGUAUUA